AAGACGAACCUCCGAAAGGACGGGUGAAUGAACUAAAUAGGAAUGAAGAGCUGCGCGAGGGACCGACGGAGAGAGCGGGGGAGACUGUGAGAAAAAGAGGGAGAGAUUGAUAGGGAAAGAGAGAAGAGAUACAGAGAGAGAGGGAGAGAGAGAGAGACAGCGGGAGAGGGAGGCGCGCAGAGCGAAGGCAGCCGGAGGAUCCUGGACCGCACGGACUCCAGCUCCGUGUUUUGCUUGAUGCCGGGUUGAGUGCGAGCCUCAGUCCCCCUCACUGCUGCAGUGGAGGUUUAUACACGGAGCUGGAGAGCAGCCCUGGUGAACGGAGCAGAGCAGCCUGUUUUUCACUUCCAUUUCCUCACAGGGUAUUUGGAUAAAAAAAAAAGAAAGAAAGGAAAAGGAAAAAAGGAAGAAAGACCUAUCUUUCCAUUUUAGAUUCAUAGAAAAAAAACCCAUUGCCUGCUCUGUCUGUCCUCCUCAUGAUUAUUUCCUGCUUUUCUGCCGUCGAGUGAAGAAGAAGCCUAUGUGUUCAGAUGUCUCCCGUGUAUAGACACCCUGCAAGACCAGCUGUAUUCAUGGUCGCCGUCUCCGCACUUCGAUGAAGACAGUCACUCUCCUCCACCCAGGAACAUGAAGGGCUUAUCCGGCGGCCGUGCACAGCACCACCUCCCGGCGGGGCACACCUGCAGCCUGGCCGAGUGCGAGCACUCCCACGACCACCACAUCCACCAUGACACCCGCCACUCCUACCUGCUCAGCCCGACGGAGAGCUGCCCCAUGGACUACCACCACCGCUACUCGCCCCGCAGCUCCAUCCACUCCGACUGCAUGAUGAUGCCCGUCGGCAUGCCCGGCGGCAGCGGCGGCGGCGGCGGCGGCGGAGGCGGGGCCGACCACGUCUCCAGCAGCACCUUUCCCAGGAUGCACUACAGCUCCCAGUACUACGACACGGCCACGCGCGACGACUGCGCCGCCGCCGCCGCCGCCGUCUCCGUCUCCGCCGCCGCCGUCUCCACCUCCGCCUCCUCGCACCACGUCAGCUCCAAGAGCAACCGCAUCCCCGCCAACCUGCUGGAGCAGUUCGAGAAGCAGCUGCCCUUGCACCGCGACGGCUUCCACACACUGCAGUACCAGCGCGCCUCGGCCACCGCCGCCGCCGCCGCCGCUGAGCAGCGCAGCGAGAGCCCCGGCCGCAUCCGCCACCUCGUCCACUCCGUGCAGAAGCUCUUCACCAAGUCCCACUCGCUGGAGGGCUCGUCCAAGAUGAACGGCACCAAGGGGGAGGGCGGCGGCGGGGGCGGCGGCCACCACCACCACGGCCACGGCCACCACUCCAAGCACGGCAGCAAGCGGAGCAAGAGCAAGGAGCGCAAGCACCGCUCGGGCGUGGGCGGCUGGUGGAGCUCCGACGACAACCUGGACAGCGACAGCACCUACCGCACGCCCAGCGUCAUGAGCCGCCACCACCCGGACCACGCCGGCCACUGCUACCCGGAGUCCAUGCAGGGCCACCACUUCGGCGACCUCACCCUCAAGACCUCCAAGAGCAACAACGACGUCAAGUGCUCGGCCUGCGAGGGCCUGGCCAUGGCCCCCGAGGGCAAGUUCAUGAAGAGGAGCUCCUGGUCCACGCUCACCGUCAGCCAGGCCAAGGAGGCCUACCGCAAGUCCUCCCUCAACCUGGAGAAACCCAUGAUGCACCAGGACCUGAAGCCAUCCCUGAGGCCUUGUCAUUACCUGCAGGUGCCUCAAGACGAGUGGGGGGGAUACCCGGGGAUCGACAGGGACGAGGAGAUCCCCUGCAGGAGGAUGCGCAGCAGCAGCUACGUCAAGGCCAUGGGGGACGACGAGAGCGGCGAGUCGGACACCAGCCCCAAAACCUCGCCCCAAAAAACCAUCCGGCCGGACGCCCUCGCCCUAAAGUCUGUAAUGCACAGGCCCCACAUAGACCCCCCAAGUCAGAGCUACCACUUGCAAACUGCAAGAGACAUGCGCCCCCAUUCCAGUGUAACUUUGGACCCAGCAACCAACUUUAACCCCCCCCAGUUCCGCUCCCGAAACCAGAGCUACAUGCGGGCAGUCAGCACCCUCAGUCAGGCAAGCUGCAUCAGCCAGGUGAGUGAGACUGAGAUCAAUGGGCAGUUUGAAUCAGUUUGCGAGUCCGUUUUUAGCGAAGUAGAAUCCCAGGCUAUGGAUGCCUUGGACCUCCCGGGCUGCUUCCGCACUCGGAGCCACAGUUACCUGCGGGCUAUUCAGGCUGGGUAUUCCCAAGACGAUGACUGCAUACCUUCAAUGACAUCCUCCACUGUCACUUCAACUCUCAGAUCCACAACAGGCGCCCGUAGCUUAGCUGGGGGGCGCCGAGCGUACGGUAGGUCUGGAAUCCAGUUUCGCCUUCCCACUUCCUGCAGCAUAGACCGGACACAGCAGCAGCCUCCAGCUGUGACAUACACGCCUAGUUACAAGAAGACUCCUCCCCCCGUCCCGCCCCGCACCGCCUCCAAGCCCCUCAUAUCGGUGACGGCCCAGAGCAGCACAGAGUCCACGCAGGACGCCUACCACGACGGGCGCCACCCGCGGGGCGGCCUCCUGUGGGCGCAGGACGGGCUUGGCCGGACCCUCUACAACUCCACCGACAGCCUGGACAGCGCGCAGGCGGCCACCAUCGCCAUGGAGGCGGCGGCGGGCCGGCGGCUCACCUCCACCGGCAGCCACACCUCGGUGCAGACGUGCGACAAGGCGGUGCUGGUGUCCAAGGCCGAGGAGUACCUGAAGACCCCGCGCUCCUCCAUCGGGAUUCAGGUGGAAACAGCGACUGACUCCGAGCCGGAAAGUAAAGGGCUGAGGGAGUACCACUCCGUGGGGAUACAGGUGGAGGACGAGAAGCGGCACGGCAGGUUCAAGCGCUCCAACAGCGUGACGACGGCGGUGCAGGCCGACAUGGAGCUGGAGGGCUUCCCCACCACGGAGGACAAGGGCCUGCAGUUCGGCGGCUCCUUCCAGCGCCACUCCGAGCCCAGCACGCCCACGCAGUACGGCGCCGUCCGCACCGUCCGCACGCAGGGCCUCUUCAGCUACCGCGAGGACUACCGCGUCUCCAGCGGGCCGCCCAGCCCGCAGCCCGAGCCCUGGCUGGUGGAGCCGUCCCACGAGGCGGCCGAGACCGGCCGCGUCUCCCCCCUCCGCCGCGACGGCAGCUGGUUCAUGCAGCUGCUCCACAACGAGACCAAGAGGAUGGAGGGCUGGUGCAAGGAGAUGGAGAGGGAGGCGGAGGAGCACGACCUGUCGGAGGAGAUCCUAGGGAAAAUCCGGAGCGCGGUGGGCAGCGCUCAGCUCCUCAUGUCACAGAAAUUCCAGCAGUUCUACUGGCUGUGUCAGCAGAACCUGGACCCCAGUGCUAUGCCCAGGCCCACCUCUCAGGAUCUGGCUGGAUUCUGGGACCUGCUGCAGCUGUCCAUUGACGACGUGACCGCCAAGUUUGACGAGCUGCAGCAGAUCAAGAGCAACGACUGGAGGCCCGUGGAGAGUCCGGAGAAGAAGGAGAGGAAGUGGCCGCCUCCUGUACCAAAGAGGCCCCCUAGAGGCCGGGGCGGAGUGAUGCGGGAGCGAUCUCUGGACCUCCAGGACCGGCAGCGGCAGGAGGCCCGGCGGCGGCUAAUGGCGGCCAAGCGGGCGGCCUCCUUCCGACAGAACUCAGCGACGGAGAGGGCGGACAGCAUCGAGAUAUACAUCCCCGAGGCGCAGACCCGGCUUUGAGAGCAAGGGUGCCCGGCCACCCCGUCCUAACCCUUUCCUCAAGCCCUCCUCUGACAUCACUCUUAUUCUCCUUUCUUUGUGCGCUACUUUUGUGUUCAUUCGACUCCAGCACAGUGAGGCUAAUUUAACCACCCCCCCCCGGUCCCCGGAUAAUAUACAAACCCCCACCCCUUCCCCUUUAUUUCUCUCAUUAAACUGACCCAUUCAGAAUAUAUAUCAAGUCAAUACAGAAAAGCAUUAUCCUCACCUAGGAAGCAAAUGUGAAUUUUACGAGGAAGGCCUGCUGGUGGUGAGCUGAUUUCAGGCCAUGGAAGUUCUAAAACGAUCCCCGAGGCUUUUAGAUCGGCCAUUUUAAAAAAGAACCCCCCCCCCGAGGGGAGUUUUUUGUUUCGGAGGUGAUCACAAAGUGCAACUUUUCUCGAGAAUUUCACCAGCAACAGUGGCCUCAGACAACAACAAAAAAACGCGCGGGGGGGACUCGCGCUCCGUCCGAGGUCCGAGCGGUUGCACAGAGGGGAUUCCGCCGCCUCCGGGUUUUGAAAUCAGUUCCGUUUCCGCGGACGCAUUCAGGUUUUUUCCGGCCUCGGGCUCCACACACACAGAGCUCCCGAACCGAAAAAGAGUCUUGCACAACUCGAGUAACCCUUUCAAUCAGAACCAGUGCUGAACAAAAAAAAAAGAAAUAAAAAAAAAUACCUCAAGCGUGCGCGUCACGGUGCGCCGGGAAGGUCGGGGUUCGGGGCGUCGGCUUCGGGGCGACCUCGGCAACGGCCGCCGCCUCGAGUUGUUGUGGAAACGUGCUAGCGGCCGUCCGCGGCUCCGCGGCUGAGAGGCGAGAUGCGAGAAAAGACUGAGUAAAUGUGCCAACAAUUUAGAACAACCAACGUCUCUCCCCAUUCUCAGUGUUUCGCGGUGAAGUAUUUAUUAUAUUCUUUCCCUAGUUUUAGGCGUCGGUCCAUUGCCGUGAGAAAAGCCUAUGUUUUGAGAAAACACGGAUCAUGUGGGCAUGGACGCAAGGUAACUCGGUUCUGGAAAAAAAAAAAAUGUAUAAUUUAUAGUAUGUAGAAUAAUGCAUUUUUGCACCUCAAAUAAUAUUCCUGUUUGUAUUUCCAAGGGAAAUGUAAGCAAUGAAGCUCACUUACUAUUGUUGCAAUUGAAUUGCAAGAGUAAACAGGAAGGUUUUUAUUUGGUCAUGGAUUUUUACCUCACGCUGCCAAAUGCCAGCCCCCAUGACAGUCGUUAACAUUACAAUGUCUAAUAUGAUGUAAAAAAAACAAAAAACACUUGAAUCGCCGCUCUCAGUUUAACAGAACCCUCCUCAAGGUCACGUUCGGCAUCACGCUUUCUUCUGAACUGUUGAGCGUCCUCCUUUCCAGUUCAGACCCUUCAAGCCAACAAUAAACCAAACCCACUUUCAGUAAAGGACACAGUAAUUCCCAGCUCAGUUUGGAACACUGUUGGCGCAAACUUGAAAAUGAAAUCUUCAGCCUGACCAGUACGCCACAGGUGCAUAAGGAUAGACAUUGGAAAAAAAAGUGAACGACGGUUUCAGUACUUCCAGGAAAUGAACAUUGUGAAUGUCGAGAGUGGAUUAUGUGAAGCCAUGUAGCACAUGGCUGUUGGAUGGUGAAGAUGUGCGCACAGAAAAUUAGUGGGCUCCCUAAAAAGAUGUUUCCAUGUUUACUGACAGUAGUGAGUAGGAUUGCCCCAGUUUUUGAAUUUUGGUUGUGUUUGCGAUUCAGGGUUGUGGUUGUAUAAAUUAAGAGCACCAGGUGAGUGCGAUCAGUGAUUGGGCCACAGUCCUCGUGUCACCACUCCCCCUUUCCAGGCAAAGGGGUACAGAAGGCCCUGCUCUGGAGCCUGGGAAACCCUGUGCUGAGCAGCAUAGGCUACCGUCCCACACAACAAUCUCCUGAACAGUCUGGGAUCCAGCCCCAUCCGUGUCCCUCUGAGCAGUUUUGUAAUCGAAUCCCGCCAUUCCGCUGAGGAGCAUUUGAUUCAAUCCCACGUGGUCCACUAAGUGGUCUGAGAUCCAAUCCCACAUUACGCUGAAAAAAUCCAUGAUCCAGUCCUUCAUUACAACAUGCAGUCCUUGAUCCAGUCCCUCAUACUGCACAGUACAGUAUGGGAUCCAAUCCCACAGUACACUGACAAGUCUGAUCAAGUCACCAGAUCAAACACGCUGGUGUGAACAGACUCUUAAUGUGCACAGCUAAUAUCACAGGAGUUUUAUAAAGACAUUCCACACAUAAAAUACUUUGAAGUAAAAAAAGUAUUUACAAUUUUCCAGUGUUAUAUAACUCUGGGUCAUGACUUGUAUAGGUGCAAACAACAUUUUUAAGCUAUUCAAUUAUAAAUUAUAAAUGGUGCUGCUAUUAGGAUCUUAUCCUUGAACUAGUCUGAGGCAUACAAUAGCCUGAGCCACACAUUCACUUUUUAAGGGUAUCUCAACGCAUCUCUAAUUAAAUUUGUUAGGAAAUCAAAUUUAGAUAAUUAUGUUCAACUUUGUAAAGGUGCAGCUGAUCAUUUUGACAAAGUUCACUUUUUUAACUCGCAGGGAGGAAGCGUGGAAUAGGCGAAUAUUAUUUAGCGAUGGCCGCGGUCUUUUGGCAAUGCUGACAGCUUUACAAGCCUCCCCAUCUAUCCGUCAUGGCAACAGUUGUCAGGGAGACAGCGGGGUCACCGGGGGCAUGUCCUGCGGUGGCCCUCUCAGGGUUUGUCCAGCGGCUCAGAUGAACCCCCUGUCGUGUUCCUGGCUCCCUUGCCUGAUAACAAAAGGGGUCACGCCGGCAGUGUGGGUGAAUAGGCAUAGAGAAAGAAAUAUCAGCCCUCAUAUUUUUCAUGUGUCUUUAUCAUACCUUUUUUUAGCCUUCAAAAAUCAUGUAAUCAAAUCAUAUAAUCGAAAGAUCAGCACUUAUUUGUAAAUGGAGAUUUUAAUGAAAUAUGUUUUGCUAAGGUGUCGUAUAUAUAUAUAUAUAUAUAUAUAUAUAUAAAGGUGGAAAAAUGUUGAAUUUAGUUGAAAAGUGUGCGGUGAAGGGGUAGUACUCGGGGAGUAGCUUUGUCUGAAUGGUGUGUUGUGGCAGGUUGGGACUAUCAGAGGUGGCUGGGCUGUUUUAAUCAGUCAGUUAAUUAGGUCAACAGGGUUCGGUUUGUGCCGAUUCACAUUGGUAUAAAGAGGCUGCAAUUGAGGCUUGAUGAAUCGUAGGCCAUCUGGAAUGUUGUAACUAUGCUGGGAAAACGUUUCUCUUAUGUUCUCAAAAUGUUGGUGUGAUACAGUUAUCACAUUGCUGCAGUUAUAAUAGCAGUGCUGUGAGGAUGUUUGAGGGCUGGCCUCUAUAGGGCACUGAUUAGGUUAAGGGGGGUGGUCUGCUGUCGUGUGUAUUGCAACAUUUGGCUAUUAAUUUCAUAAUCUGUUGAGACAAAGAAAUGUAUUUUAUGGAGGAAAGACAACCUCUCAGAAAAGACAUUACUGCUUAUUAACAUUUACCAUACCGGACAGCCUUAAAAAUCAUUUGCAUAUUAAGUGAAAUGUUUAUGAAUGUAUAGCCCCUAGUGUUGCAAAAAAAUGUGAAAGGAACUAAUAAUGAAAGCUGUAAGUAAUGACUUGGACUAGCCCUGACAUACAGUUAAAAUGUGCAGAGUAACCGUGCCAACGCCACAAUUUGCAAAUAUUUAUUUGAACAGGGAGUAUAAUGUGAAGUCAGGGGGCCAUUCCGAGACUAGCGACACAGCUCUUAAUGUAUCCGAGGGAGCAUUCUUUGCUUGCUUUGUACGAAAGACGGAUGUAAAAGCGCACCAGUCAGUUAACACCUCCGAGCGGUUUGAGACAUGGCACUAAUGCUUAAAAUCAGAUGUGCUCACGGACUGGGAGAGACGGUAGGAUUUCACCGUGGUGAACGCGUCCACGCUUGACGUUCAAUCGCAGCAGUUGAAGUAGUUUGCCAAACUAAUCUCUUCUGAGCUAUGGCUCUGAGACAAACGAGUCCACUUUAUAUUUAGCCUAUCGUGUUAUGUUUGGUUUCGUUGUAUUUCUCAGACAGUUGUUCUUACCUGGACGUCGUCAGCGUACUGUUUGCCGCACAUAUUGUGCCAUGCUUUUUCUGCUGUUGUAGCCUAUGGAAAGUUUUCAUGAAGACUGUUUGACAGCACGCAUUUCAACAGGAACAGAUAGGUUGCUAGAGUUCGGCGCUUUCUGCCUGUGACAUACAGUACUGGAGCCAAUGCGAAUGUGUCCAGUGACGAUGCGAGUGAUUUUUCGGUUUGGAUUCAAAUCCAUCAAUUCAUCUUCCAUUGACAAGUCCUCACUUUGUUGCCAUCGGCUUUUCUGUUUUACAUUUUCAGAAGCAAAGCCUCUUAUUCGAAACACAAAUCCCUUACGAGAAAGUAAUAUAUUGUAGACUGUAUUUUCAUGUCUUACUUUGUCAAAAUGUUCUCAUGUGUGUAAUUGUAUGGGUAAUUGUAAAAGUGCAAUACGUUUCACAAAAUACGCUUAAAGUUACAUGGAAAUGCAAUUAUGUUAUAUAAUUCAUAAUAUGCAUCACAUUGCAUAUUUUGUGAAACAUCAUUUGGUAUAUAUAUAAAAUCAAUGUUUUAAUUUAAUUUAUUUAUGUAUUUAUUUGUUUAAUAUUUUCAAACAUAUUCAUAUAUUACUUUUCUUAAGGGAUAACUAUGCAGUGCAUUCCUAAUUUUUGAGAAGUGGUUAGGUUGAAAUAUCGACAUAAUUCUACUAAUACACAACAUCUAAUACCCAAUACAUACGCAGUGUGUACAUGUUGCUUUUUAUUAUGUUUUCUGAAGCUAGUGCUUUUGUAUGUAAAGUAACUAUUUCAAUGACUGAGAAUAUUCUAUAGGUGCCUUAAAAUCAAACCCUUAAGACUUUUAUCUGAAUGUCUUAAGUUUGUGUCUAGCUAUUUAGAGGGAAUUUAAGAAGUUGGAGAGCACUUGGUUGUCUGUCAUGUACAUUAGAUUUUGAUUUGCUUAUUUGAUAUUUCAUGACAAAGGGCUGAGAGUAAAUAUGCUAUAUCUGAGCCUUUUUAUCAAGAGUAUUGUGCUUAGCUCCCGUAUGAUUUUUUAAAAUCUUAUUUUAACCAAAUUAGCUGUAUUGUGAAUUUAGUUAACACGUAAAAACAUGGACACAAUUCAAUUAUACGUUUAACUACAACAAAGAAUUGCAAAAAAUAAAAUUAUAAUUAUAAUAAUUAUAUAUAUAAUACAUAUAUUCAGUUAAAUUCAUCAUCAGAGAUUUUAAGAAAGUCUACAACUACCGGACCCGGUAAAGAGAGCUAAGUACUUUUGGUUUGAGGCAUUUUACUACCAAUAUGCAAGUAGUUUUUACAGAUGGGUCGGUUGUAAAAUGGUCUUUAGUUAAAAGUGAGGUGGGGAAUUAGUGCAAAAUAUCUGACUCCAGUGAAUGGCAGUGAAUUUCAAGCUUGCAAACUGAGCCCUAUUUUUAUUUAUUUUUUGGGGGGAUUCAUUUUGGGAUUCAUUUAACAUGGUGGGGUAGCAGCUGUCACAUUGCUGUUAUUUAUUUAUUUAUUUAUUUAUUUUGUUAUUUUGUUAUUUAGUAGAUUAGAAGUAGUGUGAAAACUUCCUUCGGAGUGAGAGGGAAACGGAAAGAGUACAAUUUGAUGCCAGCUGUGGAUGUCGUGUACAUUAAAGUUAGCAUUUUUAAAGUACAAGGAGGGUUCCGCUGCAUCCUGGCUACCUUGUCACGAUUGGUUACCGCAACAAUGCAUUCAGUCAACAUUUAGUUCCUUAUCUUCGGGAAAAAAUAAAAAAAGACUGCCAAAACUUGAAUAAGUCUUAUCAGCGCCAGUAUUACCUGCCACAAGUGCAAUAGUUCCCAUGACUUACUGGUGCAAUGGGCAGGUAAAUAUCCAUUUACCUCAGGGGCCAGUGUGAAAAGACUAGAGGGAGAGUCUAUCCGUGCAAUCAAUAAAACACCGCCAGGGCACUUUGCGAGGCCAGAGGACAGUGCUGUUUCCCUACUGGAGAAGCUUCCUGCCGUUUUCAGGCACGCUCUGAGGGCCUCAGCCUUCUGCCUCUAAAUGUCACCAUUACGGUAUAAAUAAUGGUAUUUUAUAUUACAUUAAAAGCAUACCCAUCACUUCUGCCAAGGGGCAGCUUUUCAGUGCCAAACGUUACACUUACUUAUUCUCUUCCAUGCAGUGCAGCAUAGAAAUGCAAAAACCGUAUUAGAGUUCCACACACCCGCUCUGUCGGGUCUUCACUAGCGUGAUUAUUCGAUGCGGCGGUUCGAAUGGGUUUGAAUCCCACUUCGGCCGUACCGUGCCGACAGACUGAAAUUACCCGAACGUCUUCGUUUCCAAUCUGCAUCCCGUUCUGAGAAUCUCAAGCGAGCUUUUCUUCGCUCAGAAAUCCAAGACACUCCUCCGUAUGAGAGUUGAUUGCAAGAACCAACGCAGUAAGAAUUUUGGGAGCUGUUUGGUGUGACUUGAAUGUGUGAAUGAAUAAGAAUGGCAGACAGCAACAUUUACUCACAGGGAAAUGUCCAUCCAUUCUUGCAGCUCUGUAUGAUUUCUUUUUGCUGGCAAUUAUUUCACAUGGGUUUUAUUGAGAAUUUGUCAACAACCUAGCCAAGCACUCUGCACAGUGUCUAUUCAAUGGCCCAGUGAUUCAUAGAAGACAAUUGUGUUGUGCUGUGCUGAUGUCUGUGAUGGCUAGUCACCAGAGCACUGAUAUAAAACAAUCAAAAUAACCAUAAAUUGUCUUUUAACCACUCUACAUUUCCCGAAACACUCAUUUUAUAUACCCAGUAUAGCAGUAAAUAACAGAGUCACUUAUAGAAUGAAAAAAAAUGUGCCAUAUAAUUUCACCUAUUCUGCAUUAAAAAAAAAUAUUGUUUGGUAACUGAUUAUAAAGGAUGCACCGUUAAUAAAAGAUAACUUUUGGAUUACCUUUGCUGUGGUUGGUAUAAAAAAGGGAUUGCUCUGUUUGGACAAUCAGCACACACAAGCAAUUUUAAAAUGCAGUACCAUUUUAGUCCACAGGAUGGUGCCGUUUUUAUUAUAUUUUUUAAUCUGAUCACGCAAGUCAUGCUUUUUAAUGUGUGCACUGCUUUAAUGUGUGCACUGCCACCAUGUUGUUUUAUUGUUAUUGUAAACUGCGCUGAUUGAGAGUGUUGUUUCUCUUUUAUUUUCUGACAAGGUUCUCUCUUCUCACGGAAAGGUGGAUUUGAAUGUGAUUUAGAAUAAAUGUAAAACAAAUCCUUGUUAUAAUUUGUAAAUACAAGUAAGGGAUGUUUUCCACUUCAUCAUUUGUACUUGAUAAGGGAAAGUUGGGUGGCAUGCAGUUCUUAAUGAGGGUUCAGUGCUGCUGGGGCUGCCCGCUGACUAUUUGAUCAAUACCAGACAGGUUGAUGAAAUGUGUCCUUUUAGCAAUAAAUUCAAUCAGACAUCUGACCCACAAUAAACUAUUGGCUUUACAUUGCCAUUAUUGCAGGGUGUUUUUGUGAUAUAGGACAGAAUUAAAUCAUACACGUUUGUGGUUUGGCAGUUGAAUUACAAAUUUAUGACUGCCUCCCCCCCCCCCCCACCUCCCCCAUUGCUUACAUGAAAAACAUUAAAAAACUGAAUACCAUCGCUCAGUUCAAUUGAUGAGACAUCGAAGCAAGACGUUUGAAUUUCGUCCUAGGUGUUUCUCACAUUCCCUAGCAAUUACCAAACUUGAAAUUAAAAUUCAGGGUGAUGAUAUUUCCAGACAUGGUUUCAUCGUUCAUUUUCAUGCCAUUAUUUGCCUAUAAUGAGCAGCACUAUCAUCCCAGGCAAGAGAAAAUUAACAUUGUUUUAUUUAUUAAAUGGUUUAAAAGGAAGAGAGCCUUGUGUAUUUGUUUAUUUUUGAAAGCAGCCUGUUGGUGGAGAAAGCAUAUGUCUCGUGGAUAGAUUUACAUACAUCCUAUGGGUCUUGGAACGUGGAAUAAAAGUCGGGUAGUGAAAAGGUAGAUGUUUAGCUUAAAGUAUUUUUAAUUCUUAAAUAUCAUAUCAAUAAUGAGGAUGAAUAUAAUGCCAAAUAUUCAUUAUUUGUAAAGAAAUAUACAUAUAUAAAUAUAUAAAUAUAAUUAUGCUUCAUUUAAAUGGAACUAUUUUCGGCUCCUACCCACAGCUCAGUUGCUUUUUUUUUUUUCUUUUCGUUUGGGGUUAUUUUAUAUGCUCUUAUUACAGCAUGCAAAAUAUUAUAUAUUGAAUGUAUUAUUUGUUGUCUCAUUGCUUUUUUGAUCUUGCCGCCUUCUACAGAUUGUUUUGUAUUUGUAUGUUUUAUUUAUUAAACUUAUUUAUAUGUUUA